AUGAGAAGUAGUAAAGUGAACUGUGUUGCUGGGUUCAACAACCAGGUCGAGGAGUACUACGUGGCUCGAGCAACGCUUGUACGCCUUCUUACUAAGGACAAGACAUUCAAAGAGAAGUUUGGCAACCCGAAUGCCACCCACGAUCAUGUUUGUCCUAUCUUCAGCAAGAUAAACAGGCAGAAGCUGCUCGCCCACCAGUGUCACAUGGGCUGGAGGCAUCAGAUGCUGUUUCGCUGGAUCAACGUUACCGCGACACUCCAUCAGAACGACCUGCUACUCGAAUUCCCGUUUUAUCCUGACGAGAAUUGGAAGUGGGACCGAGACGAUCUCUCGCCAGAGAAGAAGAUCCCAUUCACCCUAUACAAACAUGUCAGCAUCCGCAUUGUCAACAAUGAGAAUGAGAUUGCCAUCAUCCGUGUCGUAGAUCUACUCGUUAACGACGAUCAGCCGCAACUGGGCGAUAUGAGCGAUCUGGAUCCCGAUAAAGUCGAUCUCACCAGGUUCGCGGCGGUCCUUAGGCGGAAGAAGAAGUCAUUCAAAUACCCCGCCAACGGCCUCAUUACUUUCAAGCACACCUUUGAUUUGGAAUCAACAGAUUGCGAUCACGAAGAGUGGGCAGCUCGCAUACGCAUUGAGACUAUUGCGUACACGGGGAAAGAGCAAGAUUGA